CGGCCCCCGGAUCCGGCCGCCGCACAGCGACUUCCUCCGCAGCGAGCAGAUUGGAGCUGGGCGCCGCCGCACCUGGGACCGCCGAGCCUCGCGCGUCCCUCGGGCCGCGCCGGGGCACAGAGGCCGUAGCAGGCACCGGGGAUGCACUGACGCCCUUCCCAGAAGCCGCUCGCACCCCGGCCCUGGGAGCAGACCCAGCCCCUCGGAUCUCCAGCCUCGGCCCUGCCGAGCCACCCCGCUUGGGCCAGGAUUCCGGCAGGCUGUCGCUGCCCACCAUUGAGACCUGAAAAAUGGCAUCCGGGCAAGGCCCAGGUCCUCCCUGGCAGGGGUGCAGAGAGGCUGCCCCGCCUCCCACUUCUGAGGAGCAGGUAGCCCGGGACACAGAGGAGGUUUUCCGCAGCUACGUUUUUUACCGCCAUCAGCAGGAGCAGGAGGCCGAGGGGGCAGCUGCCCUCGCUGACCCAGAGAUGGACACCUUGCCCCUAGAGCCUAGCAGCACCACGGGGCAGGUGGGUCGACAGCUCGCCAUCAUCGGGGACAACAUCAACCGGCGCUAUGACUCAGAGUUCCAGGCCAUGCUGGAGCACCUGCAGCCCACAGCAGAGAACGCCUAUGAGUACUUCACCAAGAUCGCCACGAGCCUGUUUGAGAGUGGCAUAAACUGGGGUCGUGUGGUGGCUCUCCUGGGCUUUGGCUACCGCCUGGCUCUGCACGUCUACCAGCGCGGCCUGACCGGCUUCCUGGGCCAGGUGACCCGCUUCGUGGCCGACUUCAUGCUGCAUCACUGCAUCGCCCGGUGGAUCGCACAGAGGGGCGGCUGGGUGGCAGCCCUGGACUUGGGCAAUGGCCCCAUCCGGAACGUGCUGGUGGUUCUGGCCGUGGUUCUGUUGGGCCAGUUUGUGGUACGAAGAUUCUUCAACUCAUGACUCCUGAGGGGGCCCUUUGGGGUCCCAGCUGAGACCCUGCCAAACUUUCUCCCUUCCCCCUCCCCUGCAGGGGUCCCCCUCAAAAGUACAGAAGCUUUAGCAAAGGGACACUCCAGCUUUGGAGGGCCCCUGCCCAUGGGUCAGUCAUGGGGUGCCCCAACAUUGCAUGGUGCUAAUGGGCUCUCUCUCUGGGACCCAUCCUGUCAGAGGGGGCCCAUAGCCUCCCUCAGCUCUCUGGGACGCCUCCCCUUAGCCCUGUGUGCUGGGCACUGGGGAGACUGGUGGUGGUCGGGGGAAGAGACUGGGAGCUACUGCCUCCCAGGAAGUUUUUAAUGGUUUUAGCUUUUUAUAAUGCCCUUGGGACAGCCCCUCCUCUCCACGGCCACCACUCUGCCCAGAGCCAGGACAUCCGGGACAUGGGGGCCAGUGGGUCUACUCUAUGUUCCCCAGUAUUCAGCGUUUCUGGAAGGUCAGAACCUGAAAGCUGGGACUCUAGCCUGGUCCUGGCCCUUCCUAAGCAUCAUGUCUCCCAGGAGCAGGACUGGCUGGGAGUGGGAGGGCCAGGGUCCUGCUUAGUUCUCCCUGAGCCCACUCCUCCCACCCCAUACUGUCUUUGCAGUUGGACUCUCAGGGAUUCUGGGCCCGAUAUGUGGGGGAGGUGGGUGUAGGCCAGUGCUGUCUGAACUUAUCGGUCAGGUCAAGAGCCUGUCUCCCCAGGUCCUCUCAGUUCUCUCCCUUCCUCGCCCCUUAUAACCACUUCACUGCAGGUGAAGACCCUUGUCCCCAUCCCCGGAGGCCUUGGGUGAGGGCGUGCUGAGGCCCCUCCUUGUCCAGACUACAGGGCUUAGGACUUGGUUAUCAGGGAGUUCACCUUGGCGCUUCCGAGUGGGAGAAGGGCUUUCACCACCACUCCUCCCUCAUGCCCCGGGCACAGUGUAAUCCAGGGGUGUGGAUGGGGGAACUGUGAAUACUUGAACUCUAUCCCAUGCUCCUCACCUGCUAGAUCCCUCCGCAGGGUGGGGGUCAGAGUGCCUUCCCUAUCUUGCACAGCUCUAGGGAGUGGGGGUAAGGGGAGAAAAUUCCUGAUUAAGCCAAAUGCAGGGAGGGGAUGCUGAUGGAGCCUGCUGGCCACCCCCCAUCCUCUGAGUGUGUUUGAAAAUAAACUGUGUAAUCCCCUCACCUAGUAA